AUGACCCUGAUGGCUGCUUACCAAAGUCAAACGUCAAUUGCUUCGUCUUUGAUCACGUCUUCCCACAAUACUCACCAGAUACAUAGCCAUUACCACCCAAAUCAAAACAAAAAGAUCGGUCCUUGGAAGUUUGGUCCAGAAUUGGGUAGAGGCUCAACUUCAAAGGUCAUAUUAGGUACUCAUGAAUCAACAGGUCAACAGGCGGCUAUCAAAAUUGUAAACAAGAACCAUUUGGACCCGCAAGAAUUAUCCCCCAAUGCCAUCGACGCCGCCGGUUUACCUUAUGGUAUCCAAAGAGAAAUCAUCAUCUUGAAGCUUUUAGAUAACAAGAAUAUCUUGAAACUAUAUGACGUUUAUGAAUCGAAAAACCAUUUAUAUCUAAUCACCGAAUACGUAUCUAACGGCGAGUUGUUUGAAUACUUGGUAUCAGUCGAUCCUUUGCCCGAACCUUUGGCGGUCCGUGUGUUUUACGAAUUAAUUAACGGUGUUUUCUUCCUUCAUAAUUGGGGUAUUAUUCAUCGUGAUUUAAAAUUAGAAAAUAUCUUGAUCGACAGUGACAUGCAUUUGAAAAUAGCAGAUUUUGGAAUGGCCACCUUAGAAUUAUUAAAAUAUUCUAAUACCCCUAGCGAGAAUUCCGGAAGAAUAAACAGCGCCCAUGAAAUGAAAAAUUCAAAGGGUCCAAGCACCACUAGCACCACUAAGAAAGUGCCAACUUUCUUGCUAGAAACUACUUGUGGCUCUCCUCAUUAUGCCGCUCCGGAAAUCAUUUCUGGCGUUCCUUACAAUGGGUUAAAAUCAGAUAUGUGGUCCUGUGGUGUCAUUUUCUAUGCUUUGAUGACCGGUAGAUUGCCAUUUGAUAACGAUAACAUCAAAGAUCUAUUGUUGAAAGUGAAAUACGGGAAGUUUGAAAUGCCUUCAGAUCUUUCAAUUGAAGCCCAGGAUUUAAUCAGUGGAUUAUUAUGCUUAGAUCCAGAACAAAGAUUAGAUUCCGAAGGGGUAUUGAAAUCCAAUUUAUUCAAAAAAUAUAAUAUUGGUUUCUAUUCAACUGAAAAAUCGCAACAUGAUUUUUAUUCUAACAUCAAUCUUUUCACCAAUUCCAUCAACCAAGACUUGAUUAAAACAAAUAAGCAAAACCACUUGAUUAUCAAUGAUUUUAAUUUUAAUAAGAGAAUUCAGUCAAAUCCAAAAAAUAUUAGCGGAAGAAUUUUGAAUCAUUUGAAAAUCUUGUGUCAUAACAGAAAAGCAGAGACCGAUAUCAUUAGUAAUUUGGUUAAUAAUAAGGUUAACAUUGAUAAAGUUUUCUAUUCUUUACUUAUUGGGUUUGAUAAUACCUCCUCCACUUAUUUGACAAAAUCUCCUAUGGAAGAAUCUUUUGAAAAUGAACACUUUGACAUGGAAUCAGAUUUGGAAGAAUCUUAUCCUGCCGAGCUUCAUCUUAAUAAGCUGAAGAUGACUAAAGCUUACUCCAACAUCAGUAUCAUUGCUUCCACAUCUCACAGACGCAAUAUUUCGUUCAAUAAUGGAAAAAAGAAAAAUUCUUUCCACCACCACAAGCAACAAUCGUCAUCAAUGAACAGGAACAAAAGUCAGAGAUCAUUGUAUAACAGUGGAUCAAUUUACAGAUAUUCAAGAAACAGGAUUAGUCAAAGUCAAAUGAAGUCUAGCAGAAGUUUCGUUAGCAAUAGCAAAGCUCAUAUGAGAUCAAACAAGAGUAUAUCCAGUUACUAUAACCCAAAUAAUAAUAUCCCAAUGGCGGUAAGACAAAGCAACAGUAUUGCUUCAUACAAUGGUUCUUUGAACUUGAGCCAGUAUUUGCAAAAUGAUGGGCCUAUCGAUAAUUGGUAUCCUUCCAGAUCUCAAAUAAUGCAUUCAAGAAAAUCCAAUCUAUACAUUUCCCAAGCUCAAGAUUUCGACGAUGAUUUCGACGAUUACUACGAUGAGGAAGAGGGAAUUGAAUUCGGAGAUGAUGAUGAAGCAAUUAACGUCGUAUCACCCGGGGUUCCUGUGUUCAGGUUUGCAGAAAAGAAAAUCAAAUCAUCAAUCGACGAUUUGACUGGCGGAUAUGAAAAAUUAAAGCUUAAUGAUAAAGAAGAGAAGCUAGUAGAACAGUCUGUAUCACCUCCAAGAGAGAAAAAAAUGACAAUAGCGAAACAAGAAAAACCAGAACCGGUGACAAAAGCUCCACCACCUUUGAAGCAAAGCCAACAGAAAUCUCAAGAAGUGAAGAAUAAUGGUAAAUCAUCGAAACCUGCAGAAAAGAAGCAGCUUCAACCGCCAAAGUUGACUUAUACUAGAAACUCCACUAGCAGCAACAAUUUUGAUUUUGAGAAUUCACAUGAGGAAGUCAACAGAAUUUCUUUAAAAGAACAAGAGAAGCAACGGAAAUUGGAACAAGAAAUCGAAAAAUCAUUGAACUAUUCUGUCAAUUACAAAGUUUCUCCAAAGAGAAACAAGCGUUAUAAGACUUCUUCUUUGAUUUUGAACGAUGAAAAUGGCUAUUAUCAUUCUGUUUCCCCUACUAAGUCAAAAGGUUCUAAAUCCAAGAAGUCUAAAGGCUCCAAGGCCUCGUCUAAGAGCGACAAAAGGUCAAAACCCAAGAAGCAUGAAAGUGUUAGGUCCAUGAAAGGUUCUUCAUCCCGGAGAUCAAUGAGAUCUACUUUGUCUUCCAGAGUUCUUUCUAAUUAUCAUUAUGCUAAUACUAAGAUGUCUCGCAACUCCACCAGAGUUUACAUCGACACUUUGGCUAAUCAAACCAAAUCUGAAUUUGAACUGAUCUGUGAUCAAUUUUUUGGGCGUACCAACGAGAAUUAUCAAAACAUGUUUGGUGAAUCUUACAUUGAGCGCAAAACCAGGGAACAAAAGGAAGAGAAAUUGAGAUCACAGGAAGAGGCUAGAUUGACAAAACUCAGAUUAGAACAAGAAAAGAAAAACCAAAAGGCUGCUGCUGCUGCUUCUGCCGCUAAAGCUAAUAGAAGUGCUAGUGUUUUGACUCCAGAUGAAAUAAGGCAAUUGGUUGAUAAAAAGAAUUUGGAUAGACACAAUAUUAUUAUCAGCAGGGGUCCAAUUUCGAGGCUUGAUCCAGGAUUGAAUGUUGAUAACGACAGAUAUUUUGAUAAAGAAGCUGUGGCUCCUGUUGUGACUAGAAAUACCAGAAGAGGUACUGCUACUACUGGUGUCACCAUCAGAUCAGCCACCACUCCCUCAUCAUUCCAAAGUUCUAGCGACUCAUUGCUCUUCACCCCAUCCAACGAUAUUUUUGAACCAACUGUUUUACCAAAUGAAUCUGCGCCAGCCACUAGAAACACCAGCGCUGGAUCUAAGGAGGUUGAUGUUGACAAACAAAACGAUGGUGUGGUUAUGUAUAAUGGAGGUCAAGUACCACUAAGAAAAAUGGGAUUAAUUAAAAAUAAGCAAAUUAGUAACGGCGGGAUGGUUAAUACUAGGAGACAAUCUAGGUUACAAGAGGUUUAUAAUCAAGAAACCAGUUACUAUGAUCAUGAAACUACAGAGGAUCUUGAAAAUGAUUUUGAAUUUGUCACUCCAACAAGUAAUAAGUUUGACUUGAAAGAUGAUGAUGAUGAUGAUUUGCAUUCUAGAUCUAACCAGAUUGAUGACUCUCUUUUGCUUAAUACCAACAUUGGGGACUCAACGAGAGAUUUAGUCAGAAGAACUUUGAAUUGUGAAAUGAAUUACCAAGAUUAUUACAGAGAUUCUGUGCCGGAAUUAACCGAUACUUCCAAAAGCCCAUUUUUACAAGAUUCCAAGGUAAUGAGCCGCCAUAAGACUUACAAUUUUGACGAUGAUAGUACGACGGCAACAAAUCCCUUGACUCGCAAGAUUCUCAAUGAUGAAAAAACAGUAUUCUUGAAAAACAGUGAGUCGAUGGCAAUGAUUGCUGCAGCUGCCGCUGAAUUAUCCACGAAAAACGUUAAUAAUAAUGAUGGUAAAGUCAGAGUUUUCAAGGAUUUCAAUAAUAGCAAUGACUCAUCAUGCAAUUUGAUUACGAACGGUGUUCCAAGUAGUAGUAGAAAUAUGAGUGCCAUGUUGGGAAAGAAUAUCCCAACCUCUUUAGAAUCUCCAAAACCAACCAGAAACAAUUCCUUGUUCAGACGGUUGUCACUUAGUGGGAAAAAGAAGCCAGCUGCAAGUCCUGAGACUAAUAUGGAUAAUUCGGAUGGCUUGAAAACCAUUAAUGAAACCAGAAACGAACCACAACCUUUUAUCGCCAAUCAUCACCGUUCAUCACUUGCUUCUUCGAACAAAGCCGAACCUUUGACUAGUAAUCUUGGAUCAGAAACAAAAAGAUCAAGUUAUAUCAUCAAUAGUAACAAGAAUAAUGAAUUAAUGUUGACUUUGUCCCGUACAGAAUCAAUUGUGGCUAUCAAAUCCUUACUAGUGAAUUGGAAAAAGUUUGGAAUUAGAGAUGUCAAAGUUAAGGACAAUGUGAUUAGUGGUGGGAUCAAGAACAACAACUCUAAACUGUUCUUGAAGAAGACCACUGCAUUUAAGAUAUUCGUUUAUGAUAAUGGUAAUAUCAAGGGGAAGAAAAGAGUGGUUAGUGGGGGUGGGGGAUCCAAGUUGGAAUUUGAGAAAGUUAAAGGAUCUUCGGUGAUUUUUGAGAAGUUGUUGUCGGAAAUUGAAAAAGCGUUGGAGAGUGAGAAUGUUUUAGUGGCUCUUUGA